CUAGACUCCACUCAGAUCCAUCCUGGGGACCAGAGCAGAAGCGGUCCUCGCAGCACCUAGCCUCUGCCAGGGCUCCCGCUUCUUCUUAGCCGCUGGGCCUCGGCCCAGGAGCCACGACGGGCGACACGGAGCCGCCAGUGCUGGAGGGGGAGCCUUGGGUGCGGGGCAGCGUGGGGGCAGAAGCCCCGGGACGCCCGCCCGGCCCCAGGCCCCGCUCCGCCCGGGCGCCCCAACGGGUGCCCCCCCCUUCGUGGUCCGAGCAGUGUGAGUGUGCCCGGGAGCCCAGUGGUGGCGGCGGCGGCGUGGAAACCGGCGUGGGCUGGGGGGUCCGAGCUGCGGGGGGCAGUGCUAUGCACAAGCACCAGCACUGCUGCAAGUGCCCCGAGUGCUAUGAGGUGACCCGCCUGGCCGCCCUGCGGCGCCUCGAGCCUCCGGGCUACGGGGACUGGCAGGUGCCCGACCCCUACGGGCCAGCUGGGGGCAAUGGGGCCAGCACCGGUUAUGGAGGCUACAGCUCCCAGACCCUGCCCUCGCAGGCGGGGGCCACCCCCACCCCUCGCACCAAGGCCAAGCUCAUCCCCACCGGUCGGGAUGUGGGGCCAGUGCCCCCUAAACCAGUCCCGGGCAAGAGCACCCCCAAACUCAACGGCAGUGGCCCCGGCUGGUGGCCUGAGUGCACCUGUACCAACCGGGACUGGUAUGAGCAGGGCAGCCCUGCACCCCUCCUAGUGAACCCCGAGGCCCUGGAGCCCAGCCUCUCGGUCAACGGCAGCGAUGGAAUGUUCAAAUACGAGGAGAUAGUACUUGAGAGGGGCAAUUCUGGCCUGGGCUUCAGUAUUGCAGGUGGCAUCGACAACCCGCAUGUCCCCGAUGACCCUGGCAUCUUUAUUACCAAGAUCAUCCCUGGGGGAGCAGCCGCCAUGGACGGGAGGCUGGGGGUGAACGACUGUGUGCUGCGGGUGAAUGAGGUGGACGUGUCAGAGGUGGUCCACAGCCGGGCUGUUGAGGCGCUGAAGGAGGCAGGCCCCGUGGUGCGGUUGGUGGUGCGGAGGCGACAGCCCCCGCCUGAGACCAUCAUGGAGGUCAACCUACUCAAAGGACCCAAAGGCCUGGGUUUCAGCAUUGCUGGGGGCAUUGGCAACCAGCACAUCCCAGGAGACAACAGCAUCUAUAUCACCAAGAUCAUCGAGGGCGGAGCUGCUCAGAAGGAUGGACGCCUACAGAUCGGGGACCGGCUGCUGGCGGUGAACAACACCAAUCUGCAGGACGUGAGGCAUGAGGAAGCUGUGGCCUCACUGAAGAACACAUCUGAUAUGGUCUACCUGAAGGUGGCCAAGCCAGGCAGCAUCCACCUCAACGACAUGUACGCUCCCCCCGACUACGCCAGCACUUUUACUGCCUUGGCUGACAACCAUAUAAGCCAUAAUUCUAGCCUGGGUUAUCUAGGGGCUGUGGAGAGCAAGGUCAGCUACCCUGCUCCCCCCCAGGUUCCGCCCACCCGCUACUCGCCUAUCCCCAGGCACAUGCUGGCGGAGGAGGAUUUCACCAGAGAGCCCCGCAAGAUCAUCCUGCACAAGGGCUCCACAGGCCUGGGCUUCAACAUCGUGGGAGGAGAGGAUGGGGAAGGCAUCUUUGUCUCCUUCAUACUGGCAGGAGGCCCAGCCGACCUGAGUGGGGAGCUGCGCAGGGGAGACCGGAUCUUAUCGGUGAAUGGAGUGAACUUGAGGAACGCAACUCAUGAACAGGCCGCAGCUGCUCUGAAACGAGCUGGCCAGUCAGUCACCAUUGUGGCCCAGUACAGACCUGAAGAGUACAGUCGCUUUGAAUCAAAGAUACAUGAUUUGCGAGAACAAAUGAUGAACAGCAGCAUGAGCUCUGGGUCUGGGUCCCUCCGAACCAGUGAGAAGAGGUCCUUGUAUGUCAGGGCCCUGUUUGAUUAUGACCGGACUCGGGACAGCUGCCUGCCCAGCCAGGGACUCAGUUUCUCUUAUGGUGACAUCCUUCAUGUCAUCAAUGCCUCUGAUGAUGAGUGGUGGCAGGCAAGGCUGGUGACUCCCCAUGGAGAAAGUGAGCAGAUCGGCGUGAUUCCCAGUAAGAAGAGGGUGGAAAAGAAAGAAAGAGCUCGAUUGAAAACUGUGAAAUUUCAUGCCAGGACAGGGAUGAUCGAAUCCAACAGGGACUUCCCUGGGUUAAGUGACGAUUAUUAUGGAGCAAAGAACCUGAAGGGAGUGACAUCCAACACCAGUGACAGCGAAAGCAGUUCCAAAGGACAAGAGGAUGCCAUUUUGUCAUACGAGCCAGUAACACGACAAGAAAUUCACUACGCAAGGCCUGUGAUCAUUCUGGGCUCAAUGAAGGACCGAGUCAAUGAUGAUCUGAUCUCCGAGUUCCCACACAAAUUUGGAUCCUGCGUACCACACACUACCCGUCCUCGUCGUGACAAUGAAGUAGAUGGACAAGACUACCACUUUGUGGUGUCCCGAGAACAAAUGGAGAAGGAUAUUCAGGAUAACAAGUUCAUCGAGGCAGGCCAAUUUAAUGAUAAUCUCUAUGGGACCAGCAUCCAGUCCGUGCGAGCAGUCGCAGAGAGGGGCAAGCACUGCAUCUUAGAUGUCUCCGGCAACGCUAUCAAGAGACUGCAGCAAGCACAACUCUACCCCAUUGCCAUUUUCAUCAAACCCAAGUCCAUUGAAGCGCUUAUGGAAAUGAACCGACGGCAGACAUAUGAGCAAGCAAAUAAGAUCUAUGACAAAGCAAUGAAGCUGGAGCAGGAGUUUGGAGAAUACUUUACAGCCAUUGUACAGGGUGACUCACUGGAAGAGAUUUAUAACAAAAUCAAACAGAUCAUUGAGGACCAGUCUGGGCACUACAUUUGGGUCCCAUCCCCUGAAAAACUCUGAAGAAUUCCCUCCAACCAUUCUCUCGUGAACAGAAGAAAUCAAAACCCUCUUCCCUCCUCCCUCUUCCCUCAUGUCCCCAUGGGGGGAACAGUGACUACCGUUCUCGUCUCCUUUUUUAGAUAUGUCAAGAAAAUUGAGUUUUCUAGUCCUGUUCUUUUCCUUUUCUUUUUUUUUUUUUAAAUUUUUGUUUUGGUUUGAUUUAUUUUGGGGGGGAUGAUGCCAUCUCACUCAUCACGUGACUGUGCCCCUUUCCUGCAUGAACCCUUCCCAAGCGCUAGCACAGGUGCACACCCAUCAGAGCCAUUGUUUUCAUAAAAACCAAGCAGAAGCGAGGAGAAGAGGGGAGGACUGAUGGCCAAACUCCAGACGGCUGCCCGGCCUGUGAAGUGAGCUGCAUGCCCCGCGUGCCGAGGCGUCCUGGGCAUUUCCACCCGUCUGCACAGCUCCGAACGGUGCAACAUAAUGGCAACAGAAAGUAUCUUAUUUAUAUACA